AUGGCGCAGAUUGAAGAUCUCACCAUCCUGCCUACUCAGGCAGAAGAAGAUGCGCWCCACGCGAGUCGGUUGCUAUCAAUCGAAGAGCGGCCCUUUCAGCGCGUUACCAAGACGCUUCUCGCACCGACAUCUCUGAUCAGGCCCGCGAUCAGUUACCUGCCCUCUCCGCCUCCCGAAGGCGAGGACGAUGACAGUGACAAUGUCUCCGCCGACCUGCGCAUUCAACGCUUUCGCGAAGAUGUGCUGCUCGAUUUUGCAAAUCUGGAGUCGUCCAUUACUCGCAUUCAGAUGAUUCUCUCAUCAAACCAGCGCGAACGAGAGCGUUAUGCUGCGGAAAAGGCCAAGAUCCUCGGAACCGCCCAGGAUGUCAGGGAUAACACUGUUGAACUGCGCUCGCAUCUGGUGGAAGCACAGGCGGUGUUGGAGCGGAGGAAGGGCUACGAUCAAUUGGCAACCAAGAUUCUCGAUGAUCGCAAACUUAAGAGUCGAGAUGAUGCACGCGCUGCGAUCGAGGGGCUGGAGAAGGAAAUUGACGGGCUUCAGGCUGAGAGCGCCGAAUACGAGGUCACAUGGGCAUUGAGACGACAGCAGUUCGACAGCAUUGCGCGCGAGGGAGAGACUAUGCUCCGGCUCAUCAAGGGCAUCAAGGACGAACCUGAGAUUGAAAGGGACGAGGACGAGAUGGAGGACGUGGAGGGCGGGGAGGAAGGAAGUAAGGCGGAUGCAAGAUCGCCACGGCCGACAGACGCCGGUGAUGCAACACCAUCGGCGGAGAAUGGAGAGAUGGGAGGCGCUACUCCACCAAGAAACAAGUUCUUGGAGGUGGACGACAAUACAAGGGGAAGUAGUCGAGUGGGUUCCCCGCUGUCACAGAUGCCGGAAGACGUGGACAUGUCGGGCAUUGAUUCACGCCCUUCGACGGCAGAGGCGAUGGAGCAGAGCGACACACCUAGACCGGACGUGGCUAUGGAUGACGGCUGA